AUGUCAUCCAAAAUAACACCCUUCCCCAGCAUCCUUCACCUUAUUCUUCCAUCUCCUUCACCCUCCUUUGCCUUUUUCUCCCGCUCGUUUCACCGGCAGCUCAAUAUGUCGGAUCUCUGGGACAAAGACACGAAAUCGGUCUUGCGUGACAUGAUCAUCUCAUACUUGGACAGCAAGAUCUCCCCGGAGAAAGAUAUGGGCACACUGAACAAGAAAGAGGGAUGCAUCUGGGCCAAAGAUUUCUACUUGGUCGUCAAAGGUAUCACUGGUAUGAUUUGGGACCAUUAUCUGCACCUAUCCUGGAUCGGAGACAUAUUACACUGGAAUCCCAUCACGAAGAAAUGGGUCGAGGAACAGAGAACGACCGAGAAGAUCCUUGAGCAUGCUGCCGAGCGCAAAGCCAAUUUGUUGAUACAAUUCGCGGCUCGCGACGCAAUAAUCUUUCUUCUCAUGCCAGCUCCGAAAGACUUUGAACGGGCACAGGCCUGGUCCAUCAUAGGGUCGGCACUUUCAGACUAUGCUGACAAGUGCGCACUCUACAGCGAGAGCGAGGCGGUCACCUAUCGGAGGAGGGCUAUCGCCGCCUUCGUCAUGGCCUGGGGAGUCUCGGCGGAUGGCGACGUUGCGGAAAACGCCCAAAAGGAGCUCCAAGACGCUGUUAAAUCGUAUUUGAGGGCAAAGAGAGGUCAGGGUCAGACGAUAACUGAGAGCAAAAGCACAUCCGAGAGCCAAAAGCGUUUGGGUUCACGCGAUGGGUUGAGAGCCCGGCAUCGCAAGAAUCGGGUCACUAAGGGAGGGGGGGCGCGGCGAUACAAGUCCGGUGUAGUGAAGCGAUCGGUCAGACACUAG